GAGAUGGAAGCAGAGGCACAGACAGUGAUACGAAUGGAUCGAUAUGCCUUUGGAGGAUUGUAUCAGUGUACCUGAUAAUACACUAACCUCCCGAAGAUGGGCCCUGCGGGCCACCCAGCCAUCCGGAGGACCAACCAGUAGUUCCUCCUAUAUUCUGUUGCUGUUUCGCCAGCAAUCUCACUGUCAACGCGUACGUAAGCAGCAUCACGCCCAACGAACACCAGAACAAUGUCCAAGCGUGGUCUCACUGUUGGCAGAGAGCUACAAUCCUCACGUAAGGUAUGGAGCAGCUAUGGCUCUGGGAAUCGCUUGUGCUGGCACCGGUCUGAAGGAAGCCAUAGCCCUAUUAGACCCAAUGACGAACGAUUCGGUGAAUUUCGUCCGCCAAGGUGCUCUGAUCGCCUCUGCGAUGAUCCUGAUUCAACAAACGGAGGCCACCUGUCCUCGUGUCAAAGAUUUCAGAGCGUUAUACGCGAAGGUGGUGGUGGACAAGCACGAGGAUGUAAUGGCGAAGUUUGGCGCCAUUUUGGCGCAAGGGAUCAUCGAUGCCGGUGGACGUAACGUGACAGUGUCACUGCAAUCGAGGACAGGCCACACGAACAUGCUCGCAGUAGUCGGUGCACUAGUAUUCACUCAGUAUUGGUAUUGGUUCCCAUUGGCCCAUUGCUUGGCACUUGCCUUCACCCCGACUUGUCUGAUCGCUCUGAACGCCCAGCUAAAAAUGCCGAAGCUAGAAUUCCGUUCGAACGCCAGGCCAAGCGUCUAUGCCUAUCCUGCACCCCUGGAGGAGAAGAAACGCGAGGAAAGGGAGAAAAUCACCACCGCGGUUCUCAGUAUCGCCGCCAGGGCGCGUAGACGCGAAUCUGAAAGGCGUGCACGUGAUUCUCACGAGAAGAUGGAUGUGGAUCCGCCGGAGACGGUGAAGGAGCCGGUCGAGGCGGCGGCCAAGGAGAAAGAGGAGAAGAAGAAGGAGAAGGAAACUAAAGAGGUGAAAGAAACGAAGGUGGAGAAGGUGGAGAAGAAGGGCAAGGAGGAGGGCGAGAAAACUACGGAGAAGGAGAAGAAGGAGGCCGAGCCCAAUUUCGAGAUCCUUCAGAAUCCUGCUCGUGUGCUGAGACAGCAACUGAAGGUGAUACAAUUGGUGGAAGGAAGCCAUUAUGUGCCCGUCAAGGAUAUUCAGAUCGGGGGUAUCGUGAUGGUGAAGCACAUCCAAUCGGAUACCGAAGAGGAAUUGGUGGAACCAGUGGCCGCUUACGGUCCUCAUCCGGAAGAGGAACAAGAAGCGGAACCACCAGAACCAUUCGAGUACACCGAGGAUUAAACGAGAGAAACGUCGCAAGAAAAACUUUACUGUGUGACCGCCAACGUCGCAAUGCAAAAUCAUUUGUUCACGCAUACACACUUAAAAUAAUUCAGUAGAAACGACAUGAAAAAAAAAAAAAAAGAAAAAAGAAAAAAAAAAGAAAAAUCAUCCGUCAUUUCCGUUUCGUGUAACGCUUACAGCGAUACUUCCUGUCUUAUUUUUAUAUAAUUAAUUCUUCGCCACUAAGUGGCUGUUUCUCGAUAUUGUUUAUUAUCUAAAUAAUGUGCUCUGUUUCUUAAUUAUUAAAAAAUAUAUAUAUAAUUUGCUCUGA